AUGCCUCCCGGCGACGUUUCAUUGCCGGAUAGCCUCGUGCCGGGCAACGGGGCUGUCCGCCCGUCCCUGAACACGAGCGGCUAUGGUGGUAGCAACGGAGGGAGCUUUCAGACGCAAACGCCCACAUCGCCCGCUGAUAGUAAUGUCCCAUUCGACUCUCCUCGCACACGGCCGUGGAACGCGUCCUCUACUGGUCUGGAUUCUGUCCCAAGUCCCGUGGACGGCCGUCCCAUACGACGCUUAGACUCCAACCCAGCCGAUUCUAGAGAUCCUACGACACCUCAAGAUCGGACCAACUAUUGGGAAAAUUCCGGACCGCUUGAAAGACCGCGGCCAAAUGGUCGAACGCACGCCAAGUCACCUGGAAGUACAUCAAGGGACUGCGGUCAAAUAGUAGCGUCCAAGUUUUUUCCCAUUGACGCAGAAGAUGGGAGCGGGCAGUAUCCUCUUUGUGAGAUUGAUUACUUUCGAAGACUAGACCUCUUAUGUCACGACUGCGGUGGUGCCUUGCGAGGAUCGUACAUCACCGCCCUCGACCGCAAGUACCACAUUGAGCAUUUUACUUGUUCAGUAUGUCCCACUGUCUUCGGCGCACAGGACUCUUACUACGAGCACGAGGGCAAGGUAUAUUGUCAUUACCACUACUCUACACAAUUCGCCCAACGAUGCCACGGCUGUCACACCGCAAUUUUGAAGCAGUUCGUCGAGAUCUUCCGCAACGGACAAAAUCAACAUUGGCAUCCUGAAUGUUACAUGAUACAUAAAUUCUGGAAUGUCCGCCUUGCUCCUACUGGCCAGCCACUAGAGUACCCGCAGAUGAAAGAGGAUGCUAGUGACGAAGAACGGACCCAAAUCCGCGAAGAAGAGGAUUUGAUGGAGGAGAAGGUGUACAAAAUCUGGAGCACUCUCUCCACUUUCGAAGAGUCAUCUGCGGCCUGCAUAUCGGAUAUGCUACUACAUGUCAGCAACGGCGCUUAUCUAGAUGGAGUUCUUGUCGCGAAGCGGUUCAUUGGCCACGUCGAAAUUCUUUUCUCCGCCAUUGAUGAACUUGGGCGCUCCAUCAAAGUGCAGGGAAUGAAGGACCUUGCCUUCGGUCGUGAGGCCAAACUACUAUGCAAAAAGAUUGUUGCAUUCUUUGCACUGCUGUCCAAAACCCAGGAAACCGGUGUUCGAAAACUCGGUGUUACCCAAGAGCUUUUAUCGCUGGUUACCGGUCUUGCUCACUACCUCAAACUCCUCAUUCGUAUCGGAUUGCAAGGUGCCUUGAAGCUGGAGAGAGAGCAACACAGCCCUGAAGGUCUCCAUAGUCUUCUGGAUCGUCUCGGUGAUCUUGAAUCACUGCGACCGCUCGAGGAGGAAGAGACGCCGGCAGACCUGCUGGUCGGGGUGGAUACUUUGGCCGAUCAGCUCUCCGAUUGCUGCGCGGCAUGCAAAGAACCAAUUGACGAUGAGUGUGUCAUGCUGGGUGAUAGCAGAUGGCACAUAAAACCGCCGCAUCUUCUCUGCGCCUCAUGCCAGACAGACCUGACAGCCAAUCUGCAGGACGCCUUCUUAAACCCCAAGGAUAAGCAGACUUUUUGCGGUGACUGCGUUGCUCAUAAGGGCAUUGUAAACAAUACACAAAAGGGCUUUGUUCGGGUCACGAAGCUCCAGCAAUUCGUCUUCCUGCUUAGAGUGGCUCUGGCGCGCCUUCUUGCUGUUCUACGAGCCGGAGGUACCCUUUUCCAGUCAGAUGAUUCCUCGGCCACACACUCCGAUGGCACUCAGAUCCCGCCUGGUGGCGAGUUACGCCGCAGGAAAGAUGGCGAUGGGUCUUCUCUCGAACAGACAGUUGGUGAGAUGCGACGCCUACGUUCGAUCCGGAACGAACGCACGCUAUCCACAACCUACAAAAAAGCUCGAGCGUCAAGAAUCAUCGAUGGACCUGAGGGAAGGAGCGUCCGACCAGGUUCCUCAGGCGGCGAGGGCUCAGACUCCAGGGGACCAGGCUUCCAAAUUGUGGAGGAGAGAGAUGCCAAUGGAGAGUCGGUUACUGAGUUGGCGUUUGGCAAUCAAGAUGCCUUGACUCUGGACGACAUCCCACGGAUUGUCGCAGCUGAGCAAGCCAAAGAACAACGCCCGAAUGCUUACAGACAUGCUGGCACCAAGCUUGUAGGCACGACUGAACCGCUCCCCAGGUAUAACCACGGACAUCAACGCGGUGUUUCCAAUGCUGGCAUGGACGCACAUUUCCCUGUGCCUAUGGGAAGGGGCAAGCGGUACUUCUCAGAACUCUCUGCCUUGGAGUACUUUAUCGUCAGGCAUGUCGCCGUUUUGUCGAUGGAGCCAUUGCUGGACGGUGCUUUCACAUUGGAGGAGCUUCUCUCAUUAAUUGAAUCGCGAAAACCCACGAUUUGGGGUAUCUUCGGCAGGGCUUUCGCGAAGGAUGCUAAAAAAGGCGGGAAAAAGAAGGGCGUUUUUGGCGUAAGCCUAGAUUACCUCGUUGAGAAGGAAGGCACUGAAUCCAGUCAUGGUGUGGGUCCGGGUGCUCUUCGUAUCCCGGCUCUUGUUGACGAUUCCGUCUCUGCCAUGCGUCAAAUGGACAUGUCCGUUGAAGGUGUCUUCCGCAAGAACGGCAACAUCAGACGAUUGAAAGAGGUUUCAGAGAUGAUUGACAACAAGUACGAGCAAGUGGACCUGACCAAGGAGACCCCUGUUCAAAUCGCCGCUCUUCUCAAAAAGUUCCUUCGUGAAAUGCCGGAUCCUCUGCUAACAUUCAAACUGCACCGUUUAUUCGUUGCUUCUCAAAAAAUUCCCGAUUUGGAAAAGCAGAAGCGGGUGCUCCAUCUCACAUGCUGCUUGCUUCCCAAAGCUCAUCGCGACACCAUGGAAGUUUUGUUCGCUUUCUUGAACUGGACGUCGUCCUUCUCUCAUGUUGAUGAAGAUACUGGAAGCAAGAUGGAUAUCCACAAUCUCGCAACCGUCAUGACGCCCAAUAUUCUCUAUCCCAACACAAAGGCUAGCGCUGUGGAUGAGAGCUUCCUCGCAAUUGAAGCCGUCAAUUCGCUGAUUACGUACAACGAUACCAUGUGUGAGAUCCCGGAAGACCUCCAGUCUGUUCUUAGCGACAGCAACCUCUUCAAGGAGAACUCAGAGGUCACGACAAAGGAUAUCCUUAAGCGAUACGGCGAUAUUGCCCGAGGAGGAUUCUCUCAGAAAGCAAGCAACGGCGGUGAAACAUUCACCAUCACCAAUCAAAGCCGUGGAGCUAACGUCCCUACUUCUGCUCGAAUCGAAACAGACCCAUCCCAGGACGCGGCAGCUCAGAUGCAAAGCUCAGUCAGACAUGUGCCCGGUCCCAGUGCACACUCGCACUCAAGCAGUGCCAUUGCUCCAGGCAAGGAUCUCGAUAGGCGCGAUAAACGCAACCGCAGCACUAGCACUGGGAGCCAACCCGAGGGCCAGCCCCAGCAAAUACCUUACCGAGCUCGUCCUAACGCAGGGCCAAUGGGCGUUGCUGGUUAA